AUAUAUAGCAUAAAGCCAGAGAAACAGAACCGAAAAGGAAAAAGAAAUAGUUACAAAGUUUGGACACAUGAAAAGGACUUGUGAAACUUCUGAUGCUUUGCUGAAGAAUGGUAAAGACAGAAACAGAGAUAUGUGUAUUUGCGUAACCGAUGAGGACGAGAAACCUCCAGUAAUGACUCCUGAGGUUAUCAUAGUCAAUGAUAUCCAUGCUCAUACGUGCAUUGACAACCGCAUCUAUUGUCCAACAGAAACAAAACCUCCAUCUCCGUACUUAAGCGAACACGAAAAAAAUGAGCCCAUGCGACGAAGAGAUAAUGUUUUCAUGUCAUCUAAUGAUGAUGUCAACUACGAAGCAAUUAGCAUGAUUAAUGUUACUUUGACUUUUUUGGUUCAAAUGGUUUAA